AUGUCCACCGUAUCUAACAGCCAAUUAUUAGCCACAACAAAACGUGAUUUUCAUGAAAUCGUGCAGCAGCUUUUUCCAAAGACCCAAGAGCCUAUAGAGCCGCAAAAUUAUAGGAGCGGUACCUCUCGGCAGUCGAACAGUUAUACACUUCUCCACGAGGAAGAACAACAUCUAGCAGAUCACAUAGCAGUCCUCGCCCAAGCCAAGGAGGGCGCAACUGGUGUGUCGGCAGCUAUGAUCGAAGAGUGCGAUAGCCGAGAUUCGUCAUCGCUAACCAUUCGAAUUGCAUCAAACGAAACGCCUUUACCAAAAACCGUGGAUGAAUUGUGCAGAUGUUUAGAUAUAGUGGAGGAAGCUGCUCGUGCAGAAACGGAUGAGCACAAAGAUACUCACAAAUCAAAUCUCCUCAUGCAAAUUAUCAAGCUGAGCAAAAGUCGUCUGCGACGUCGCAUCGACCUACAAAAGAAUCGAGGUGGCAAAGUCAGACCUUCGCUUUUCGACAGGGUUGAAUCAUUGCGAUGUAGACUUUUGGUAUUAGAGACCAAUGUUGACAAACCCUCUCUGCGAAGUUCUCUUUGUGUCAAUCUUUCAGAAUUGUGCCAGAAGAUUGAAAGCUUUACUUUCUCUUCUGAAGACAGACAAACGGAUCAAUUAACCGCAGUAAUCCUAGCUGCGCACAAAGUGUCGACGACUGCCAAUAAUCCAUCACUUGAAAGUCAGCUCCAAAUGAAAGGCAUUGACUUUGAUCUCAGUCAUCGCCGCACUGUCUUCCAAAUCGACAAGAUAAGCAGAUACCUAGACAUUAGUAACGACCUGGUAGACUUUUCUUGGAAAAUCAGGUAUAAUGGUUCAUUUCGCAACAUCCGCUUGGAAGUGUGCACUGCACCCAAAGCUCAUUAUCACAAUGAUCAAAUUCUGCAUGUUCAUAGUAAAAUACAACUCAUCUCUUUCUAUGAGCAAUAUCCUGCGCGUUUGCAUCCAAGGUGCAUAGGAUCUAGUAAGUCGGCUUGCUUUCUAUGCGACUUAUUCAUUAGAAAACAUAAAUUAUACCGUAUUUCGCAUUCGCACGGCAGACUGUAUCCAAAAUGGACGGUACCAGAAGGAGAUUACGUAAAUGAAGAGAUGAACCUGAGGUUUAGUGAGAUUUUGAAAGACAUGAGUCAGGAAAUGCUGCAGAUCAAAAGGACUUUCGUCAGACGACCCGGGUAUGAAGGAAAUGGUGCAGAGAGCAGAUUACAUCUGUUGAUACUCUUGUGGAACUUCAAUCCGAUUUCAAGCCGUAUAACGGAAAUGAGAGCUUCUUUGAGGUCAGAAACUUCGUUAAAAAUUGCCGUUGUUUAUAAGUCUCAGUCUGAGCUUUCCGAAGCCCCAAAAGCCACAAUGAAGACCACAUGCCAAGCUUAUGAUCUUCCACCAAAGACGACUACCAGUUCGACUGUCGUAGCAGGAGUUUUGAACGGACUUAGUACCACUCUCGAGUCAGGGGUUAUCCCAGGUUCCAACUCGGCACCUUCCAUUUACUCAAAUUCACCGCACCCAAGUCCCUUAUACGAGUGCCACCCACAAGACCUCCAUAUUACAAUCGUUAUCUCACCCGAUAACUCCCUAGACACAAUUGUCCUCUCCAUCGGUAAAGUUGAAUACAUAUUUGAUAUUUGCGAUAUGGAAUUUGUAUAUCUCAAUAUCAAACCAACAAAGCAAAUUGAUGUACUGAAAGGAAGAGAGCGAUUGCAAUGUAAAGGAUUAGCUAAAGGAAACCAUGAAGAACUCCGACUUAUAGAUGUCAGAGGUUCUGAACUUGAUGGCGAACUCGUGCUCGCCGGCAAAGAUUCGGAUUCAAAGGAAGUGGAGUUUUCUGUGAAUGAUGGGGGAGAAUGUAACAUCUGUGUCAAGAUUAUAUGGGCUGUAUAG